UACAUGAACACACACACGUAUGGUGUUUGGCGUAUCGGGUACAAUGUAGUGCGCACCCGUUCUGUUUAACUGGGUUCAACGACGUACAGCAUGGAAUCACAUCUGCUUUUAGAAUCAUCUGCGACUUUCAAUUACAACACAUCCCUUUGUGGCCUUCACUCUUUCAAGUACAGUGACCUGGUCAUCUCAGUGUUGAGUCUGCCUGUGACUGCUCGCUUACAGCGAUAAAUGCAUCUAAGCCGACUGAGCCCCACGAUGAGCCGUUCUUUCCCAUUUUGGAAAUCCCUGGUCAGGCUCAGAACUCACAUCAAAUCGCUUGACCAACACAAUAUCGCAACAUCCAUCCUUCACAGUCCUUUCCCUCAAACUCAAGAUGGAUUCCCCUUACAGAGCCGAGUUAGAGGUCCUCCACCCCCUCAUUCGAGCAGCCUCGACGCUGAGCGAACACAUCAUCACCACAACCCUGGCGCCAUCCCCAUCCUCCGCAACCGGCAUCGUCCAAAAAGCCGAUCACUCACCAGUGACAAUCGCCGACUUUGCCAUCCAGGCCCUCUUGUCGUCGACUGUACGGACCCAAUUCCCCAGCGACGCCAUUGUGGGCGAGGAGUCGGCCGCGCAACUGCGUGAGGAUGCGUCUCUCCUGGACAAGGUGGUGACGGCAUUGACCUGGCUCGCGGAGCAGGAGGGAGUCGAGGAGGCGGUGACGAUACCCAGGGAUGCGGAGGCCAUCUGCACCAUUGUGGACGAGUGCGGGUCCUCGAUACCCAGUGCCGAGCGGCGCACGUGGAUAUUCGACCCCAUUGACGGCACAAAGACGUACAUGCAGGGGAAGCUGUACGCUAUCAACGCGGCCCUGGUGGUGGACGGGGAACAGGCCGUAGGUAUGGUGGGAUGCCCCAAGCUCAACCCGAAGCAGGCCAGCCCCGUGGGGGACGGGGACAUCUCCAGCGAGGGAUGCGUCGUCUUUGCCGUAAAGGGCCACGGCGCGUGGGUACAAAGGCUGGGCAAGGGCAAUGAACCGGAGAGGUUGGAGAGGCACGGGCAGGAUCUAGGGCUGGACGAUGUCCGGUUCACGUCCUGCACGACCGUGUCGUCGUCAGUCCCGCAACUCAACGCCAACCUCUUGUCGCGGCUGAACAUUGCGUCGUCAAACGACCUGCUACCGUGGGUGCUGCGCUGGAUCUCGCUGGCGCUCAACAUGGCCAACACGACCGUCUGGGUGUACAAGUCCCUCGAUAGACGGGGCAAGGUGUGGGAUCACGCGGGCGCCAUGCUCAUCUUUGAGGAGACGGGGGGCGUCGUCAGCGAUGUGAAUGGGAAAAAGGUCAGCGUCGUCGGCAGCAGGAUCAUGGAGGGGAACUUUGGGUUCGUGGCUGCACCGGGUGGUCUGCAUGCAAAGGUGCUCGAGCAGGUCUGGGUCGUGAUGAGGGAGAUGGGACACGAGGGGUUACUGGGUGCAUGAUCAGCAUAUCAAAAAGGAAUUAUAAAAGUUCAGCAUUGCCGCGAUGCUUGCGGUUCAUAAGGAAGUUCGCUCGUAGUCUAUCAUCUCUUCUAG